AUGAAACGAAUACGUUUGCAUAAAGAUUUAAAAUAUUUAAUUUAUUAUCGUUUUAAUACAGGACUUGGUUGUGAUUUUUGGGCACCAAAUCGUUUAACCCAUCUUUAUUUAAAAUCUGAACAAGAACGACAAUAUAAUUAUCUUAAAGAUGGUCCAUAUAUAACAUUUUCACUAUUAACAUAUAAACAUGAUACAAAAUUACUUAUAUUCGGAUUAGAACAUUUAAAAGAAACAUCUAGUGUUAAAUCAAAAUUAAAUCAAUUACAAUGA